AUGGUGGAGUAUUGGACUCUAGACAAGUUUGAAAUAGGAAGGUUGCUGGGGCGAGGUAAGUUUGGGCAGGUGUGGCUUGCAAAGGAGAGGGAAAAGGGAUUCAUAGUUGCCCUGAAAAUUAUUCCAAUCAAGGAGAUCCAAACGGUUGAGACUGCGAGGCAGAUCCGAAGAGAGAUAGAAAUACACACCAACUUGAAGCAUCCCAACAUUCUGAGAAUGUAUGGGCACUUCCACGACAAGGACAACAUAUACUUGAUACUAGAGUACGCAGGAAAGGGUGAGUUCUUUAAGUUUCUCAGUGAAAAGGGAGGCAAGUUCAGUGAAAAAGAGGCCUCUCAGUACAUAAGACAGGUGAUACUUGCACUGAUUUACAUGAAGGAGUGUAAUGUUAUACACCGAGAUAUAAAACCAGAAAAUCUACUGCUUGGGUCGGACAGCCAACUAAAGAUAGCAGACUUCGGAUGGGCUGUCUACAAUGCAGACAAGAGGCGAAUGACCUUUUGCGGCACGAUGGAGUACCUUGCUCCAGAGAUGGUCAAUAACGACAUACACGACUCUGGCAUUGAUCUGUGGUGCUUAGGGAUCCUGACAUAUGAGUUCCUUAUAGGAAAAACACCGUUUGAAAGUAAGAAUAGGAACAUGAGAGAAGCAUAUAAAAGAAUCAAUUCAUUGAAGUAUUCAAUUCCAGAAACAAUCAGCUCCAAUGCUUCUGACUUUAUUUCCAGGCUCCUUGUGCUGAAUCCAAACGAUAGGAUGGAGCUUACAGAGGCCUUGAACCAUCCAUUCAUUGUAAAACACCACGGAAGACCCAAUAACUGA